AUGCUAACAUGGCGGUUGACGCUAACUAACCACGUGAACGGCUCAGAUGGACGGCAUGAUGUGCGAUUGAGUCUAUCAUGGCGCCUAGGGCCAGAGGGUGAAAUGGAAGAUGACGGUACGCCUGGAAUUUCCAUCGCAUGCCUCCUGGCAGAUGUGGCAUGGUUGACCAAGCCUACUGCACCGCAAGGCGACGGCAUGAGAAGGGAGGAGCGGGGUGUAACUAUUCGCAUGCAUAGCAGCUUGACAUGGGGCGGAAGUGAUGGUGAUCAAGGCAUUACAGUGGCAGUGUUUACUGGCCGCUGUCCCCGAGUGCCGGCAUCAUGGAAUGCUACGAGGCGCCGAAUCAAUGACAAAGUUACUGACAAUGAUCACUACAGUUCUGCUACGAGAAGAGGUGGUUUCGGCCGGCGGCAUUGCUAUGCCACUGAUCAUCGGCGACAUUCACCUCGACGAGCCAUCAUGGCGGAGACACAGCAGCGGCACCUAGCAUUUCCUCCGUCCUUUCCCGUGUGUAUGUGGCAGGGUGGGUGA